CACGAUCUCAACUAAGUCACACUCAACUACUGGCACUCGCACAAGCAGGGUUGUCGAGACCUGCUCUACCCUGCUACGCUGUCGGGAAGCUGAGGCAAGCACAUUCUAAGUUCCAACAUGAAUAUUCGUGCAGUUAGGGUCGAAGAUCUUGCAGGUAUGCAAGACUGCAACCUGCACAACCUGCCUGAGAACUAUACGAUGAAAUACUAUCUAUAUCACGCAUUAUCCUGGCCUUCGCUUUCGUAUGUGGCGGAGGACCACAAUGGACGGAUUGUUGGUUAUAUUCUGGCAAAAAUGGAGGAAGUUGAUGAGCAAGAAGGGCAAUCUGCAAUUAAUCAUGUUCCUCAUGGGCAUGUCACCUCGAUAUCUGUCAUGAGAUCAUACCGCCGACUUGGUCUGGCUAAAAAAUUGAUGCUCCAAUCACAGGAAGCGAUGAGCAGCAUCUACCGCGCGGCAUUCGUGUCUCUCCACGUCCGCAAGUCGAAUCGUGCAGCACUAAGUCUGUAUCGCGACACACUUGGGUUUACCGUCAAGAAUAUCGAGGAAAAGUACUAUGCCGACGGAGAAGACGCAUAUGCGAUGCAGCUCACGUUCGAGCACUAAUGCGAAGGAAACUGUGGGGCAGAUUGAUAGUUUACAGCUAUAUAUUUGACACUU